GCCAUAUCCGACACUUAUUCUCUUGACAGAAAAACCCUUGUGCGGAAAUAGCCUGGUAGGCCUAGUUCUUGGGAGCCUGCAGGGAUGUCGACAGAAGAAAAUGCUGCGUCACUCAAAGAAUGCACUACAUCCGCCCUUGACCCUGACAGUGACUGGAGAAUUGUUCUGGUGGGAAGGACAGGCAGUGGUAAAAGCUCUACAGCCAACACCAUACUGGGCAGAAGUGCAUUUUGGGUAGAGACCUCUCCCUGUUCCAUCACCUCCAAGUGUAGAAAACAGAGCGGACAGGUAAACAAAGUGAGCAUAUCUGUGGUGGACACUCCUGGCUUCUUCCACACCAGUAUGUCCCUUCAGGAGGUCAUACACGAAAUGGGACAAUGCAUAAAACUGUAUUCACCAGGACCCCAUCUGUUCAUACUGACAGUCCAGAUCUGCAAGUUUACUCAAGAGGAGAAAGACUGCUUGGAUUGGAUUAAAGCUACUUUUGGCUCUGAAGUUUUGAAAUACACUUUAGUUUUGUUUACUUGUGGAGACAAGCUACAUGGAAAACGUAUAGAGGACUAUGUUGGGGAGAGUGAGGAGCUAUCAGAGUUUGUAAGUGGCUGUCAUGGAGGCUAUCAUGUCUUUGAUAAUAGCAAUACAGAAAGUUCAGAGCAGAUAAUGGACCUCAUGAAGAAGAUAGACAAGAUGGUGUCUGAAAAUGAAAAUGGGUUUUAUACCAGAGAUAUGUUUGACGAAGCUGAGAGGGCCAUGAAGGAGGUACAAGAAAGAAUGAUGGGUGAAAACGUCUCCGUAUCGUCUCCUCAAAAAGCAACAAAUGGGCUUAAAUUGCAAGGAGAGGAAGUUGAAGGAAGGAGGCUUGAAGACGAAGAGGCCAGAAAAAGAGCAGAGAGACUAUUCUGGUGUGAACUGGUGACGGCGAUGGGCAAAGGUGCAGCUGAAGGAGCUGGGAUUGUGGGUAAAAACAAGGGGAAAGGAAAAGCGAUAAAGAAAAUAGCUGCUUUGGCGGCCUCCCCACUUUCUAUAGGUUCAGCAGCCAAAGUGGUAGGGGGAGCCAUGAGAGAAGGAACUAAAGUCUUCUCUAAGCAUCGCAAAACAUUCUUGCAUUGAGAGGACAUAACAGUAUUUGUCUUUCAACAAUGACACUUUGAA